CAAAUAACCGCUGCUUUUGCUUGUUUGGUUUGGAGGAAGAGUGAGUGUGCGCGACACAACAGUCCUUCCUUCCCUUGCUUCCACCGACGAUGCAUGAGCACCUGCGGCACGUCCGCAGCCCUGAAGAUGAGGCUGUUGUUGAGGCCUACCUCAAGCAAACCGUCGACGUUGGCCAGCUGAUGUCCAACUUCCUGCUGGAGAAGGCCAAAGCCCAUGUUGCGUACCAGAAGCAGUGCCAAGCACUCGCCCUGCAGGCACGAAAACGGCUGUCUGAGGCAAAAGAUCAGGCCAACUGGCAGCUGAAUGAACUGAGCCCGCUCAUGCGAGCCUGCGACACUGUGCUUGGCGGUGCCGAAAAGGAAGCACUCGAAUACGGCCAAUAUGCAGACAGCCUGCUGGACGUUGCCAAUGCCAUGACACAGUCCCUGAAGGGACGAGAGGAAGCAAUCAAGCUGUUGCUUCAACAGCGCGCCGAACUCGACAAGGAGCUCGCAGCUGCGGAUAAAGACCUGCUGCAGCUGAAGAAAGCAAACGACGGCGCCAUGCACGCGCUGCUGGUUGCGCGGAAGAAUGUUGAUCGUGCACAGGCGUCGAGCGGAAAGACGGACAGGGCGGGACUGAAGGAGGAAACAGCAUUCGAGUUCAAGCGCACCACACACAACGAUUACCUCCUCGGCAUCACGCGCGCAAACACAAUGCGCACCAAACUGCUCUCAUUUGACGUCGUUGAGAUUCUUGAUUCCCUCGAGGAUACACACGCGCGCACGGUGCCGACAUCUCCAAGUGCUCCUGCAUUCAUCACACCACUGCUACUGUGCUGA